GUAAGCUUUUCGGCGGGACCUUCUAGCGAUCGUUGCACGCCGACCGCAGCUGCCGACCUGAUACGGACAUCUCAUACACACGAUCUUCGAUGCCACUAGAGCUGUGUUCAUGUUUCGGUAUUCUUGUCCAAGGCUUUAAGAAAAUAUUUUGUAGCAAACGUGAGUUGAGAAUUUCAAGAAGGUUUGACGUCCCGUUGGCUUUCACCGACUAGAUUUCGAGGCAGAGACUCGUCUUCAGAUGCGUCUCGUGGCGUCCGGUGAUCUCGCGGGAUAAUGUGGCGCGCAGCCUCGGUGAGAUGAUGCGCGAAUGCUAAGUGAAACCAGUGACAGUUUUCAUCAGGUGCAGUGAACUGAUUAUAUAAAAAGACGGGAGAUAUUCGAGGUGUGUUGUAUCGUCGAUUGGUUUGCAUCACACAAGUUGGCACUGUUGUGGCACUGCAGUCAUUUUUCAUCGACAAUUUUUUUAAUUUACAUUAAAUCGUGAUAAAGAUUUUCCCUGUGUAUAGACUUGACCGUUUUCCUUCAAUAUUCAUUUAUAAAACUUAUUGAAAAUGUAUAAUUUUGUUUUACAGUUGUGAGUUAAGAUUAUUAUUCACAGAACCAAGAACUAAUUGAAACCGGUUUUGACUGUAACGAAAUUGUCGAAAGUUAGUUUCCUUGAGAAAUUUCCGUUCGAGUAAUAAAGAUUUGAUGAAAAUUGUGGUGAUCAGUUGCUUUUGAUCACUUGUGGUCAAACUGAUCGAAUUUUUUUCACAUCCUGUAAGAUCGUAAAAUUUUACGAAAUAAGCGUAAUUUUGCAAUCUGUCCAACAAUGGAUGAAACGCACAAUGGGGAAACGGACGGUCUGUCCGUGAGGUCCCCAGGGUCCCUGGGAUGUCGGUCCCCGCCUUCCCUAUCCCCAGCGAUGCCCAUGACUACACCACCAACAUCCACCAGCCCACCGCCCCCGCCGCUCGUGUCGGCACCUUCUUUUCACAGUAAUUCAACAGGAAUUUCACCCAGCGGACAUCCAUCACCCCCUGUCUUCCCAUCUCCUCCUCCCACAUCCCGUCCUCCCCACUUCCUCCCACCUUUUUAUUUCCCCCAUUAUGCAUCCCCUCCUCCCCCUCCCAUCCACACGUCCGACCCCACCGCAAACGAAUGCAAACUCCUCGAUUAUCGAAACCAGAAAGUCGCAGCCUUCGUCAUCAAUGGCGAGACGAUGCUAUGCUUGCCUCAAGCCUUCGAGCUUUUCUUGAAGAACCUGGUUGGGGGUCUACACACGGUCUAUACCAAGCUUAAAAGACUGGGGAUUGAACCGCUGGUCUGUAACGUAGAGCAGGUUCGGGUUCUCAGAGGUCUUGGAGCCAUCCAGCCCGGGGUUAACCGCUGCAAGUUACUCUGCGUGAAGCACUUCGAUAUCCUAUACAAGGACUGCACAACUGCAAGGCGGGACAGGUUAUCUUCCUUCCUCAAUGAAAGGUUUGAACAUUUCUCUGUCUUUUCCACCUUCGAAAAUUCUUUUAAAUUAGUUUGA